GCCUCAUUUCUGAGGCCUCCGAUGCUAUACUGUGGAAAUCACGUGUCUGCUUUCUGCCUCUCCUCCUGCAAGUCUCUCUGAAGCCAGUCUUAAGGUUCAGCAUCUGGGAAAGCAAACUCUUCCAGAAGUUGCGUACAUGCUGUUAUGUGGUUCCUAAGAAAACUCUCAAGUCCUGCAAGGAAGACACAGGAUGAAACGUGUCAAGGGAAUUGCUCUGAAGAAGAAAAAACUAGAGUAAAGAGUAGCUCAUUUUAAGCUGGAGAGGUUAACAAACACUGGGUGCAGAGUUUACUCUGGUUUAGGAAUCCCACUGCCUCACUGGAGUGUCAAUCAAAAUUCCACAGCCAUUCUUGGAUACUGGGAGGUGGGACUGACUGAUGCCCAGCAGUGAUUUGACCCAGCACUUGGAACAGACACAACCAGAGUCAUCAAUGUUAAUCCAGUGGGCUUCUAACCAGCAUUUUCAAAGUGCAUUAACAUCCGUGGCCUUACACUCUUUCUUUGGACUUCUAACAGGAUAAUGAAGGAUCAGUGGACUCCUAAGGAUCUAGCCUGUGGAGUCUCAGGUUGCUUAGAAACUCAGUGACUAUGUGCUUGCUAUGGCAACCUAAUUUAUCAGUGAACACAAAACCGACUCAGCUGGUGGUGUGGCAAAUCUCCAUAUUUUUCUGCUUUUGAAUGAUUGGAAGAAUUGAUUCUUUCUGGGACUCACCAGUUCAUUUCCUGUAAAAUUCAUGCCUUGCUGUUUAUUCAUGAAUAAGAACCAGACCUUGUAGAAACCACCUUAAUCAUAUCUUACUGUGAAGCCUUAAUUCGUGUCCUGAACGAGAAAAAUGGGCUGUGAUCGAAACUGUGGGCUCAUCACUGGGGCAGUCAUUGGUGCAGUGCUGGCUGUGUUUGGAGGGAUCCUGAUGCCCGUUGGAGAUAUGAUUAUUCAGAAGACAAUUAAAAAGGAGGACAAGUUAAUAUUCGACCUGCUAAGAACGUUUUGGAACAGCUUUAACAAAAUACUGACUGUUGCAAUAUUGCAAAAAGGGGACUCUAAAGCUUGCCAAAGGUUUGCCUUAAAAUAUACAGUCACAUCUUCAGUAUUACACACUGAUUCUCUUUGUAAAAUGUUAACUAAAAGAGGUUGCUAUAAAAAUCUGAUGAGAACUCUUGUGCUUGCAAGUGUGAAGAUUACAAAGGUUCUCAUGAACCAGGAAGCUGUCCUUGAGGAAGGUACAAUUGCUUUUCAAAACUGGGUUAAAACAGGAACAGAAGUGUACAGACAAUUUUGGAUCUUUGAUGUGCAAAAUCCAGAGGAUGUGAGAGUGAACAGCAGCAACAUUAAAGUUAAGCAAAGAGGUCCCUACACGUACAGAGUUCGUUAUCUAGCCAAGGAAAAUGUUACCCAGGACCCUGAGGACCACACAGUCUCUUUCCUGCAGCCCAAUGGUGCCAUCUUUGAACCUUCACUGUCAGUUGGAACAGAGAGUGACAUGUUCACAGUUCUCAACCUGGCUGUAGCUGCUGCACCCCAUAUCUAUCAGAAUUCAUUUGUUCAAAUGCUACUCAAUACACUUAUCAAUAAGUCAAAAUCUUCUAUGUUCCAAAGAAGAACUUUGAAAGAACUGUUAUGGGGCUAUACGGAUCCAUUUUUGAGUUUGGUUCCAUACCCUAUCCCUACCACAGUUGGUGUGUUUUAUCCUUACAACAACACUGCUGAUGGAGUUUAUAAAGUUUUCAAUGGAAAGGACGAUAUAAGCAAAGUUGGCAUAAUUGACACUUACAAAGGUAGAAGGAAUCUGUCCUUUUGGGAAAGUUAUUGUGACAUGAUUAAUGGUACAGAUGCAGCCUCAUUUCCACCUUUUGUUGAGAAGACGCGAGUAUUGCAAUUCUUUUCUUCUGACAUCUGUAGGUCAAUCUAUGCUGUAUUUGAAUCCGACAUUAAUCUGAAAGGAAUUCCUGUGUAUAGAUUUGUUCUUCCAUCCAAGGCCUUUGCAUCCCCCCUUCAAAAUCCAGACAACCAUUGUUUCUGCACAGAAAAAAUCAUCUCUAAAAACUGUACGUUGUAUGGUGUGCUAGACAUCGGCAAAUGCAAAGAAGGAAAACCUGUGUACAUUUCACUUCCUCAUUUUCUACAUGCAAGUCCUGAUGUUUCAGAACCGAUUGAAGGCUUAAAUCCAAAUGAGGAAGAACAUAGAACAUACUUGGAUAUUGAACCUAUAACUGGAUUCACUUUACAAUUUGCCAAACGGCUACAGGUCAACAUAUUGGUCAAGCCAGCAAAAAAAAUUGAAGUCCUAAAGCGUUUGAAGAGGAACUAUCUUGUACCUAUUCUGUGGCUUAAUGAGACUGGAACCAUUGGUGAUGAGAAGGCCGAAAUGUUCAGAAAUAAAGUGACUGGAAAAAUCAGCCUCCUUGGCCUUAUAGAAAUGGUCUUACUCGGCGUUGGUGUGGUGAUGUUUGUUGCUUUUAUGAUUUCAUAUUGUGCAUGCAGAUCAAAAAGAGUAAAAUAAGUAGCAAAUGAAUGUUUACAUCUAUGCACCAGCCAUGUUAGGAUCUUUGAUGAGAUCAUGGACAAAUUGAAGAUUUAAUAUGUUUUCUUUUUACAAACAGCACCUUAUCUUUUAGUUGAAGAAAUGGUGGCACUAUUUUUUUGCACCAAGCAUCACAUUUCAAAAGGAUUAUCAAGAGGUUAUUCAAAUUCAUGAGCAAAACCCAGAAACUUUCAAAUGCAUCAUUUCCACAAUUUGAUUGAUUUCAGUUUCAACAGACCGGCUCAAGCAUGAAUGAGUAUUUUUGUGCCAAGGCACUAAUCGGCAGAGGAGUGGAGUGUUUUAAGCAGAUCCUAAGACUGUCUUCCUCAGUAGGGGGAAAGUGUCAUCAUCCUGCUAGUAUCUCUAUUCAGUUGCAGGAGACAGUUCCCAAGGCUGUCAGUACCUGAUGAACACCAAAUAUCUUGAAGGACGUUUAAGAAUAAAAAAAUGGUUGGCUAAUAAACUAUAAUACCUUAAGUUUCUUUGUCUAUGGUAUACUCGGUAUAGCAACAGCAGGCAUCAUUUCUUUGUAAAAAUAUGGGCUUAUGUUUUGUCACUGAUCAUGCAAAUGGACAUCAUUUUUAGCACUUUGUCAUUUUCCACUUUCUGCAGCUCAUUUGGAAAUCUGAGUACAUUUCGAUGUUUCUGCUCUGUUACAAUUUAUGCUUGGCAACCUCAGAAUGCUGUUCUAGCAUUAAGAGAUGUAAAUGAUAAUAAAGGAACUAUUGUAUGGAACGUUACAAAGAGUAAUACUUGUUUGCUUUUGUAUUUCUUACUCACAAAGUCAUCUCAGAAAGAUUGGUUUCAACCUUUAAAAGGUAUUCUUUCUUAAAAUUCUGUGCUUUGUCUAGUUCCUGUUGUGUCACAAAAUAGCCUAAUUUUACAUCUGACAUCUUUCAUCUGACUUCGUAUUUCUUUAAAAUGCAUUGUUCUUUCUAAAACAUUUUUUCUAAAUCCAAUUUGGACCACUUUAUUAUAGGUUAAAUUUGUUUAAGGUGAUUGGAAAAAUAGCGCAAAAAAAAAAAAAAAAAAAAACAUUGGGUUUCAUCGUUUACAGCAGCAAAACUUAAGUUCCAGACAGAAGGAGACACAUUAAUAGGUAAUCCUACUCUCUUUAGCUGGGUUCACUUAUUGCAGAGAGCAUUAGUCCUCCUAGAAGUCUCUGGCAUAGAAAAGGAAAACUAACUGCUGUCUUUUGUUUUACACACAGAAGGAUAUAGUACGAUGAAGUAGUAACUGGCCCAUUUGGAGACUAAAAUUAAAUAUAACUUGGCCUUCUCAUUGUAGCUACUGGAGUAACUUGAAAAUCCCUACUGACAAUUGUAAACCAAAAUUCCCUUUUGGAGGAAUCUUUUGAUUUCUGAAGAUACUUGACACAUGCUAGUUAAUGCCUGGGAGGCAUAAAUAACACCUCUCUACCAUACUGGCAUGUAAGAUAAAACUCUAGAUCUUUAAAAGUCUGUUCUUUUUUGCAUUAGGACAUUUGUGGACAUGUCCAUGUAAGACAAAUCUAAAGGAAAGUUCUUUUAAGAUAUGGAAGGCAGAGCUAUAGAAAGUUGAAACUCUUAAAAAGCAAUGAAUGAGAAAAUACAUACUGAAUUCCUGUACAUCAUGACCACAAUCAUGUAAUUAUGAUCUCUUAUGACUGAAAUCUUAAUGUCUUCAUGUAAAUAAUGAUCUCAUGGCAUUU